AUGGGAAAAGUUCACGGCUCUCUCGCUCGUGCCGGCAAGGUCAAGUCUCAGACCCCCAAGGUCGAAAAGCAGGAGAAGAAGAAGGUGCCCAAGGGCCGUGCUAAGAAGCGGAUGCUCUACAACCGCCGCUUUGUUAACGUUACUACCCUCCCUGGCGGCAAGCGGAGAAUGAACGCCAACCCCGAGAAGUAAAAGUCAUGGCUGGGCAACACUAAACGCACUAGGCGUUCAUCACGCGCGGGCCUACUCGAGCCUAGCACUCGAGCACCCGCACAGCACCCCACGACGGCCGCGGAGUGUUGGUUGGUUUGGAGCUGCAUCAUCUGUAUCACCCGCAUCUCGCCCUCAUGUUACUCUAUCCCGCACGCAUAUGCCCCCUCCAUAUACGAUUAUGAUUUAGGGCAUUGUCUUCCCCGUGUACCUGCAGCCUUGUGCAUACUCCGUGGGUAUUCCGUCAGGAGUCCGACAUUGGAACCUCUGCAGCAUCGCAGGGUGUGUAUGGGAGUAUUUCUAUAUGUUCUUGUCCUGUGGCAGUGGGCAUCCCGCAACAGUAAGGAUACACUCGUUUCGUAGGAAUGUCUAGGAGGCAAUUUAUGAGAGCC